GGGUUUUCCCUCGCGGUCCAAUGUGUGGUGGGCUGAUCUCUCUUCAGUGUCGUGUGACAUAAACAAAAGAUCUGUGGCCGUGAAAGUUGGGCGUCUCUUUCGGGGUAGCGGCAAUAGAGAUGAUGCUGGCAUUCAGAGCAGCCGUACUGUUCUCUGCAGGGACGGCUCUGGUGCUCGCUCUGAACCUCCUACAGGUUCACAGGAGAGAGGUGGUGGAGAGGACGUGGCUGGCGGUUCCUCUCCUGGCUGCAGCGGCCACUGUGGUAGGUCUGCUGUACCCGCUGGCUCUGCGGGAAGGCAAGGCUCCGGACGGCUCGACCGUCAUGAGAUGUCUGGCCGUCUUUGUUGGUAUCUACCAGGCAACCACUAAGAUAGAUUUCACAGGCUACGCUGAGCUGGGGGCCACACUAGCAGCUCUGUCUGCUGGUAUUUGGUGGUUGUUUGACAGAUCUGGACCUGGCCUUGCCCUCUCUCUCCUCUUCACCAUGAUAUCCGCAGCCUUCACUCAUUUCCUGCUCCAUUUCUCAAUCCUCACCUCUCUGGACCAUGGAUACCUGUACUCUCGUCUCUGGUGUGUCUACUUCUCUGGCUGCAUCACUUUUGGAGCUAUCGGUCGAAGAUUAGCAGCAAAUGACUAG